AUGACAUCGGGCUCCAGCUUCGCCUCCAUCACACGCACACGGGCCUGGCAUUGCAAUACUAACUUAAACUAUUAUGAUGCAGUCACGCCGCACACAUCCUUAUUCAACGAAUGCACCAGCUUCCUCUGUCCAACGUGCUCGCACAUGCUGGCCACAACCCCAACAACGGACAACUGCUGGCACAACUUCGUCCAGCGGCUGUGGCUUAGCAGAGACAGGUCCUUCUGCCACUGCUCGACUUUCUGGCACGCGCUGGUCGAAGCAUUGUUCAGAGAUGACGUUGGGCUCAAGCUUCGUCUCCCACAGCUCGCUGAGCAGCGCCAGCGCCCACUGCCACUGCCCGCCUUUCUCGCACGCGCUGAUCCCAGCGUUGUAGCCAGAUAG